AUGCUGAAGGACUCCAGCAUGCUGGAGCUCAUAGGCGGCAACAUUGAUGCUAUCCUUUCAUGGCACGGGUACCUCUUCCACUGGCGCAUGCAGCGGGAAGAAACCUUUGUCACGACGGUCGGCUAUCUUAUGACCGCCUUCAUCCACCAGGUUUAUCGCUCUCCGAUUCUGGACCACUUUGCUGGCCUUCACAAAUCCCGCCUACGAGCUUUUGUCAAGAACAUUGUAGACUGCAUCGACAGCCUCCGAUCGUUCUCCCGACUGGCACCCACUAGGAAGCACCACGACCUGAAAACGUCCAUCAUGCACGUUCAGAAGGUCAUCGAUGUCCUUUCAUGGGAUUCACGGUUUCGACGAUGCCUUAUCAAAGAGGACUACAUCUUCCGGUUCUUCACUCUCCUGCGAGACGCUCGACCACAGCUCGAAGUGGUAUCUCGAAUCGAGGGGAGAAGCCAAGGUAGUAAAUGGCUUUGGAACGGGCUCAACCUGCACGCCGUGUGCGACUGGGCCAACCACAAGUCACAAACCAUCUGCAAACUCAUCGAGCUCGGAUAUCUUACCCUGGUCAUCGACGAUCUGACCCAGGUGCAAAGGGAGAGCGAUACGCGAAUGCCGUUCAACUGUCUGCUCACGAUCGUCGGUCAUCUCAGGUCCCAGAGGGUGCUGGACGCGGCCAACUCUGCCUGGGAAAAUCUACCGCCAGCAGUUCUUCAACGGCUUGAGCAGGGUUCAACUACCGGGGCGAAGCUUUGCGGCGAGAUGAAUUUGCUCUUGACUCUUCAUAACUCCACCCUUGGAAGGAUCCCGGAAGAUGGUCCUCAUGUCGAGAUAGUGGAAGAUCAUUCGGACAUGAGGACUUGCAGUCGUUGUCAAUCUGUCGUUUACUGCUGCGAAGAAUGCCAGGCUGACGACUGGGAAGCAUUGCACAAGUUUGAAUGCUUGAUGCUCAUGCUGAAGGAAACCGGGUUUUGGGUGCCGUGGAGACACCGAUUCCGGACGUUGGACGUCAUUUCCAACCUCAUGGAUGCCCUUCUCAGAGAAGGCAUGUUGGACGUGGUUGGAGGCGGGUACGGUAAUACUAGUCACCCUGUCAUCGAUUCCAAAGCAUGCGUCCGAAUCAACUACAAGAUGGCGAUGCAGAAGGAUACCCGGCAAUCCCACGAGACGAUCACUAUCGACGAGUACCGCGAACGAGCAAAGAAGAUGACCCCGUGGCUACCUCUGCGAUUCGAAGCACUCGUUUCGGAGGUGAUGGAAGACGAUGGAUCGACACAGCUGGUCUCGUUUGUGUUCCCAUUUGCGCACUCGAGGCUGCAUGCCUUGUUUCUCUACGACAAGUCGGACGAAUUUGACGAUGAAGUGUAUUCGAGGCUGGGACACGGAAUGAUGCAGUUCGAGUCGGUCAUUCCUCUCCCUCCAAGCUGUUGUAGAACUGACCAAAUUGCCCAGGUAUAG